AUGGGAGGAAACAGGGAAUUUGAGUUAUUUGAUGAAGCUCAAAUCGUGAUUGAGAGAACUGAGAGCUGCCGUGUUAAUCAAAUUAAAACGUAUUUUUUGGUCCUCCCACGGACUGUGACACUCAGCACGGAGCCGCAGGGGUGGCAGUCUGGAGUCGGAGUCGUGGUGACCAGCUGCAAGUAUUCACGUUUCGUCCUCCUGGGGAAGAGGAAAGGGUCUUUCAGAGCCAGUAGUUUCCAGCUCCUUGGGGGUCAUCUGGAGUUACGUGAAAGCUGGGAAGAAUGUGCUCGAAGGGAAACGUGGGAAGAAGCUUUUCACCUGAAAAAUGCUCGCUUUGCCUCAGUUGUAACUUCUUUCAUUGGGAAGGAAAAUUACCAUUAUGUUACUAUAUUAAUGAAAGGAGAAGUGGACGUGACUCAUGAUUCAGAACCAAAGAAUGUAGAGCCUGAAAAAAAUGAAAGUUGGGAGUGGGUUCCCUGGGAAGAAUUUCCUCCACUAGACCAGCUUUUCUGGGCCCUGUGUUCUUUGAAAGAACAAGGCUAUGAUCCAUUUAAAGAAGAUCUGAACCACCUGGUAGGAUGCAAAGGAAAUCAUCUCUAG